AUGUCUAUUCAAUUAACUAAAAACAACAAUACUGUGCAACUAAAUUCUGGUGCUGUUAUUCCCCAAAUUGGUCUUGGUACUUGGAGAUCCACUGGUGAAAAAGAUGGUUACAACGCAGUCCUUGCUGCUUUAAAAGCAGGAUAUAGACACAUUGAUACUGCUGCCAUAUAUUUAAAUGAAGACCAAGUGGGUAAAGCUAUCAGAGACUCUGGUAUCCCACGUGAAGAAAUCUUUGUUACCACAAAGUUGUGGGGCACACAACACCAAGAACCAGAAAAGGCUCUGAAUGAAUCUUUAGAAAGAUUGGGUCUGGAUUAUGUUGAUCUUUAUUUGAUGCACUGGCCUGUUUGUUUAGGCCAAAAUAGCAUUAAGGAUGGCAAUCUUCUAUGUAUCCCUCAACUGCCAAACGGUAAACGUGAUGUCAUUAUAGAUUCUUGGAAUUUUAGCAAGACUUGGGAAUUAAUGCAAUUGUUACCAAAGGACAAGGCUAGAAAUAUCGGUGUCUCGAAUUUCUCAAUUAAUAAUUUAAAGGAGUUGAUGGCCUCUCCAAACUUUAAAGUUGUUCCUGCCGUUAACCAAAUCGAAUUACAUCCAAGAUUACCACAGACUGAGUUGAUUCAAUGGUGUAAAGAAAAGAAUAUUCAAAUCGAAGCUUACUCCCCACUAGGUUCAAUGGACGCACCAAUCUUAUCUGAACCUUUGAUCUUGGACAUUGCUAAAAAACUAAAUGUUACUCCUGCUCAAGUCGUGAUCAGUUGGCAUGUACAAAGAGGUUACAUCGUUUUGCCUAAAUCUAUCCAUGCUGAUAGAAUUGAAUCCAAUUUGCAGACUUUUGUUUUACCUGAAGACGAUUUUAAUAAGAUCUCUAAUUUGUCUAAAGAAAAGGGUGAAUUAAGAGUCUGUAACAUAGACUGGUCUCCAUUUGUUUGUUUCGUAUAA